AUGUCCAACCCAUCAUAUAUAGACAAAGCACUCAAACGAGUCCAAGACGGCGAAAGACGAGCCUACAUGCGCCUUCGCACGCACCUCGGCCUCAGUCCCCUGCCGAGCAGACCAUCGGCACCAGCCCCAGCAUUAUCAGCAGCGAUGCCAGUAGAAGCUCCUCCCCCCAUUCUAGCUCGUAAUCUCGCUCGAGGACAACACUAUACGGGCAAUCAUGACGAUGCCGCAUCAUGUAAUGUUCCUCUAAAUGAGGCUGCCAAUGUCGCAGAAAAGCGUACUACUAGCCGUGAUAAAGAAGCACAAGCUUCCCGUGCAGACUAUAAGGAAAAUGUUGACGCAAAGGAGAAAUCCAAUGCCAUAAUGGACGACCUGUCCGAUGCCAUUGGCCAAGCACUAGACGAAUGGAAGGAUGCCUCGAAUCACAAGUAG